AUGCAGACCUUGUCGCUCGCCGUCUACGUCCUCUCUGCGGUUGCCAUCACGUCUGCUGGGCCGGUGCAGCAAGUCGUGUCGAAGCCCAAACCAUUCGACGUACAAGGGCAUCGCGGAACUCGGGGACAAGCGGUGGAGAGCACCCUCCCAGCCUUCGCCUGGGCACUGAUCGAUGGCGUUACGACUCUCGAGUUGGACAACGGCAUCACGAAGGAUGGCGCCGUUCUUGUCUGGCAUGACGAAGAAAUAACAGCCGACAAGUGCAAGGACACCGCACCUGUCGUCAAAGAUGACCCCGAUUUCCCAUAUGUCGGCAAGCGUGUUGCAAACCUCACCCUGGCUCAGAUCAAGACUCUGGACUGUGGGUCAGCGCGAUUGUUGGGCUUCCCGCUCCAGCUGUCGUAUCCUGGCACGAAGCUCUCGACACUGGAUGAGUUGUUCGAGUUCGCGACUUGCGUCGAUACCAAACGAGAACUGCAAUGGAAUAUUGAGUCGAAGAUCAACCCGAUUUCGAGAACCUCAACGCGUGGAGUUGAUGAUUUUGUAACACUUCAACACCAGGCCUUCGUGAAGAGCACCUACAAGCUGUCGCAGAUUACUUAUCAAAGCUUUGACUGGCGCACUCUGAUCAAAAUGAAAGCUCUCGAGCCUCGCAUCCCGACAGCGGCCUUGGUCAGCGAAGAGACACUUAUUAUUGGUUUCACAGCUGGCCUCAACGUCUUCGCUUUUGAGGGAGCUACCCUCGGCGAGAAAAUCGCCAAUGCGGCGUACUCCAUCAAGGCAUCCAUCCUGUCGCCUUCCGCAACGUCGGGGCUGUCUUUGGCUCCUGACCCCGCUCAGCCUGGUUACAUCCCGUUCACCACAAAAGCGAUGAUCGAUCAGGCUCACAAAAAUGGGAUGUUGGUCAAGCCCUGGACGGUCAACCGCGUUAGCAUCGCGGAGCAGCUCUUCAACUGGGGCGUCGACGGUAUCAUCACGGACUACCCCACACAAAUCCGGCGCUUUAUUCAGCAGCGAGGACAGCCUGUCGCCUCUCCGUUCUCUGAAGCGACUGUGAUGAGAUGCUUGAAGAAACAUCUACAAACUGUUUAG